AAAAAUUAUAAUUAGGUAAAGCACUCCUCCCCUCCUCAUCUCUCCCUCGGCGCAGAAGCGACGGGCUACGCCUUCCGGUCGUAAGCUCUUUUUCGCUGAUCUCUCUUAAUCAGCUACGGUUGGGCUGGAACAAUGGCCGGAGGGUUCAGAGUGCUGCAUCUUGUCAGGCCAUUCCUGGCAAUCUUGCCAGAAGUUGAAAGUGCAAACAGGAAUGUUCCUUUUCGCGAGAAAAUGAUCUACACUGUGAUAUCUCUCUUUAUCUUUCUUGUCUGCAGCCAGCUCCCUCUAUAUGGGAUUCACUCAACAACUGGUGCUGAUCCCUUUUAUUGGAUGCGUGUCAUCCUCGCAUCAAAUCGUGGAACUGUUAUGGAGCUGGGGAUCACUCCUAUUGUGACUUCAGGACUGGUGAUGCAGCUCUUGGUUGGGUCAAAGAUCAUUGAAGUCGACAACAGUGUGAGAGAGGACCGUGCUCUGUUAAAUGGCGCUCAGAAAUUACUGGGCAUCCUGAUCGCAAUUGGAGAGGCAGUUGCUUAUGUUUUAUCUGGGAUGUAUGGCAGUGUCAGCCAACUUGGUGCUGGAAAUGCUAUUCUUAUAAUUCUUCAACUGUUUUUUGCUGGUAUCAUUGUGAUCUGCUUAGAUGAGCUUCUUCAGAAAGGAUAUGGUCUUGGAUCUGGCAUUUCGCUAUUCAUUGCCACCAAUAUUUGUGAAAAUAUCAUUUGGAAGGCAUUUAGCCCCACUACCAUCAAUUCUGGCCGAGGUGCUGAAUUUGAAGGUGCUGUUAUUGCCUUGUUCCAUUUACUGAUAACUCGGACAGACAAGGUCCGUGCUCUCCGUGAGGCAUUUUACCGUCAAAAUCUUCCAAAUGUGACAAAUCUGCUUGCUACAGUUUUGGUUUUUCUCAUUGUCAUCUAUUUUCAAGGGUUUCGAGUUGUUCUACCUGUUAGAUCAAAGAAUGCCCGAGGUCAACAAGGAUCCUACCCCAUCAAGUUAUUCUACACCUCUAACAUGCCGAUCAUUUUACAAUCUGCACUUGUUUCUAACCUUUAUUUUAUUUCCCAGCUGCUCUACAGGAGGUUCAGUGGAAACUUCUUUGUGAAUCUGUUGGGCAAGUGGAAGGAAUCUGAAUAUUCUGGUGGUCAAUUCAUACCUGUUGGUGGUCUUGCUUACUACAUUACAGCACCAUCUAGCCUGGCAGACCUGGCUGCCAAUCCAUUCCAUGCGCUCUUCUAUAUUGUUUUUAUGUUGUCGGCUUGUGCACUUUUCUCGAAGACUUGGAUAGAAGUUUCUGGCUCAUCGGCAAGAGAUGUAGCGAAGCAACUUAAGGAACAACAAAUGGUGAUGCCAGGUCACCGUGAGUCCAACCUCCAAAAGGAGUUGAAUCGGUAUAUUCCCACGGCAGCAGCCUUUGGGGGGAUGUGCAUUGGUGCUCUGACAGUGCUCGCUGAUUUCAUGGGUGCAAUUGGUUCAGGCACUGGAAUCUUGCUUGCUGUGACAAUUAUUUAUCAAUAUUUUGAGACAUUUGAGAAGGAGAGGGCAACUGAGCUUGGAUUUUUUGGACUUUGAUUUAUUGGUGAUAUACUUGGGGAAACUUUGGAGUGGUGGCUUCAGAUAAGGCUUUCUAGCAAUUUUGCUGGUGAUAACAGAAAAAGCCUUUCUAACUUCAGGUGUUAGGCCAACAGCCAUCCAGCUUUAUGGUGAUAAUUCGUUUACCCUUGUCACGGGAGUACAGAAGCUAGGAAAGCAAGUCGAAGAGGUUGCAUAAUUAUCUCCAGGGAAAGAUGAUAGCAUAUCUAGUGUUUUAAUUCAUUUAGUUGCAGAUAGAUACUUUUGUGACGUUGGAUUGGUUGCAAGGCUCUAUUUAUCUUUUCUUGAUAUCAACAACUGAUUUUAUUUGCUUUUUAGCGUUAAAUCUAUUCUUGAUGCCAUGUAAUUUUCGUCAGUUCAA